AUGUCAGACAAUAAAGGUGAGCUGUUUGAUCAUGGGUAACAUGUUGGGUGGUAACAUCCGUUAACUUCCCCCUAAUAAAUUACUGUUUUCAGCGAAUAGUCAACGACCGUCAUAUUGGCAAGCGCCUUCCGGCCUUCCGCAAGGCCCAGUUCAGGUAAAUUAUCCCUUUUCUUUUUGAUUCUAAAUUUAGGUGCCUACUGGAUUUUAUGGCGAUUACAACCCCAAUAUCAAUACUAUGGGAGUGAGUGGAAGUCAUUAUGGUGCAAACGACUCUCGACCUGUUAUGAGUAUGGCUCCAGUGUCUGGGAUUAGUCAGGUUAGUUCUGAAUGUGCAAUGUUACGCAAUUCAAACUCAUUAUCAACUUUGUCCAAAAUGAUUUUUCAGCCUCUAAUGCCGGCCAAGCAAGAGGCCUUCCAGUCAAUGCCAAUGCGUCCUCAGCCUUAUCCACCUCUGAAUCAGCCAUCGUCCUAUGUCCAUUCAACAAGUCAAUAUUAUCCGCCAAGCCAGUAUCGCGGCCAAGUCCCGGAUUAUGGCUUGAGAGACUUGAGCUACGGAGUGCAUGAAUCUGUCCAUCAUUCCCCGCUGGGUCAGCCGGGUUAUCUUCCAUCAACUCCUCAAUAUUAUACAUCAACUCAAUACAGAAAUCAAAUGGCCGACUCUGUUUAUGGAUUACGACACUUGAAUUACCCGGAAUCCGAACCACCCUUGCAGAAUCUUGCUCCACUAUCGAGCUAUGCCCACCCGUCGCACCAUUAUCCAUCGAAUUUUGGUCGGCAACAUCAAGACCUAGAUCAAUGUCAAAGAAGUGCUGGAAAUGAACCUCUGAGUGCUGCAAAUGGGCUAGUUCACAACUCAAGGGCGAUGCCAGUAAGCCUUCAUGCAUCGAAUCCCCCAGUCAGUCUGCAAACGCCAGCCCUAAAGGCGAUCAAAAAAGAGUUGCCGGAAGCCCCAAGACAAAAGAGAAAGUAUACAAAGAGAAAGAACGUCGACAAAUCUGCGGAUCCGAAUCCAGAGCCUAAGGUGCCAAAGAAGAGAGGACGGAAAAAGAAAGGUAAGGUUUUUCUAUUUUUUGUCUUCGAGUUUUAGGUAUGGCCAUGGUGAAGAUCAGCUGUAUUCUGUAAUUUUAGAAGUCGAUCCAAAUGCGGAUCCAAAGGGAAAGAAGCAGAGCCUCUACAAAGUGUCUCUAAGCAGAAAACGAAGAGAAAAUAUGGCUUAUCCGGUGAGUUUCGGGGAAAAUUAUGUUGUACACGACAUGAAAUCAGAAAAAUUGGAAUUUUUCUAUAUUUUUCUGAUUAGGUGGGCGGAGUUUUCAUCUCAGUGGGACGUUUUUGGAACUGUAAUCGUGUUUUAGCCAUACAUCUUUGAUUUUGCAGUUUUGGCAUUAUUUUUUUGCAGAAGAACAGCUUCCUUCUCAGGUACUCAGAUCUCAGCGAAGAAGAUCAUGAUUUCAUAUGGCUGGUGGAUAACCAUCAACUCCUUGCCAAGUUCGUCCCAAAUCAGAGCAAAACUUGCACAACGUCGAAAGAGUCGGAUCAAACGGAGACAAUCCGAUAUUACACUAGGACUGACAGAGUAAGUGUGAUAUUUUUGGUGAUUCUGCCCACUUUUUUGGAGUAAAUUUAUUAUUUUAGUACACUGGUUGGUUCUCUAAUGAAUACUGGAACUACAUUGACUUCACAGACCGCGUCACCGUCGACGGACUGUCGGAAAUUUCGGUCAGGUUCCCAAAUCGACAAGAAAUUGAAGAAAUGAGAGAAAAAUUGCUAAAGAGAAGAGAUGAAGAGGAAAAACAAAAGGCAGAGAAGGAAGAAGAGACUGCGGAGAAGAAGGUCAAGCUUGAGCAGGAUGAAUCGAACGACGGAAACGGAAAUGAGUACUCGCUUAUUGAUGUAGAUGAUCAAACGAAUGUUGGAUUUGCGAGAAGCGAGGGCUCGAACGAGGGCAUCAAAGAGGGUUUCGAUGAGAGUACGAAUGAUGGAGUCGAUGAGUACGUGUUUUCAAAUGAAGUAGGAAAUGGCCGAGGCAAUUUGGCCAACAUUAAGUAUGAGUUGGAAAAUGGAGAAGAUCAUCAAGAAGAAUGGGAGGAAAAUGACGAUUCCAAUGAUGAAAUCGAAGGAAAUGAAGAGGAGAAUGAGCGAAUUGAAAAUCGGGAGGAGGACAGCGAUGAUGAAGACAGUAAUCAAGAAAAUGAACAGUCCGAUGGAGAUGAAGAAGAGCAAAGAGACGAGGAUCAGAAUGAACAGUAUGAGGAGGAAGAGGACUCAGAAGACAGUGAAUAA